AUGCCAUUAUUAAGCCAUGAAACUAGUGCCUCCAAGCAGGGUAUACUACUUCUGCUAACAGGGCUAGUAGCUGGCUUCCUUUUUUCCUUCCUCUUUUCAUUCGAUCCCAUCGAAGCAAGCUACAAAAUCACCCCACACCACGAGGCCGUGAUACACGAACACGAAGACUUGGAACUGGCGUCAGGUCCUGAGAAAGCUUUGAAGUUCCACGAACACCACGACGAAAUUGAUUCGACUAUUGCCGAAGAACUGGCGGAAAAAGUCAAGGUUUUGUGUUGGGUGAUGACAGGACCCAAAAACCAUGAAAAAAAAGCCAAACAUGUCAAAGCUACGUGGGGAAAAAGGUGCAAUGAGAUCCUGUUCAUGAGCUCUGAAAAUGAUACUAAUCUACCUGCAGUAGGUUUACCAGUAAAAGAUGGUCGUGAUAAUUUGUGGGCCAAAACUAAAGAAGCAUUUAAGUAUCUCCAUAACAAUAAUUACACCGAUAAAUACGAUUGGUUCUUGAAAGCUGAUGACGAUACGUAUGUCAUUGUAGAAAAUUUAAGGUUGCUGUUAGAACCAUAUAGCCCUAAUACUCCUAUAUAUUUUGGCCUCAAGUUUAAACCAUACGUCAAACAAGGCUACAUGAGUGGCGGAGCUGGAUAUGUUCUCAGUAAGGAAUCAGUCAGAAGGUUUGUUUUGGAGGCUAUUCCAAAUAAAAAGCUCUGUAAACAGUCGAAUAGUGGAGCAGAAGACGUGGAAAUAGGAAAAUGCUUGGCAGCUGUAAAUGUUACAGCAGGGGAUUCCAGAGACACCGAUGGUAGCUUUAGAUUUCUUUCUUUUAAUCCUGAACAUCACUUAACCCAUAAAAAAUCCGAAAAGUUCUGGUAUUGGCAGUAUGUUUACGAUGAACAACCAAUGGGUAUUAACUGUUGUUCGGAUAGGGCAAUUUCUUUCCACUACAUCAGCCCGAAUCAAAUGUACGUGAUGGAAUAUCUUAUUUAUCAUCUAAGACCUUACGGGAUAGAUCAAAUUAGUAGAAGUCAAAACACAAUACCAAAAUCGUGAUAACUACUGUAGGUAACCUAAAAUGGACUUUGAGUUUAUGUCUUCAUGUUUUCAAAUUUAAACUUUAAUAAUAACACUAUGCGACCAAAUUUUAUCAAAAAAGCUAGGUUGGGAUAAAAAAAUGGAUAAUUAUUACAAAUUAAUUAAUAAGUGUUGUGAUUUUUUAUAUUGCCUCUAGUUUGCCAAACUAAUUAAAAAUUAAAUUAUUUUCAAAACUAUUUUAAAUAUUAUUUCGAAAUGUUAACACAAGUUUUGAGUGUUACUAAUCCUAACUUAAUUGAAUCAGUAGCGACGAAAAUAUACUGGUUUAACCUACAGUUGUAGCACAAACAACACGUAAUUAGUUAGAUUUAAUACCUUGGGAUCUUAAUUAUUUAGAAUCAAAAGUAUAUUUUAAUUUUUUUAAAUAUUAAAUAUUAAAAUUAAGUUUAAUAUUUUUUUUCUUUUCAACGUCAAAAAUCGUAGGAUUGAUU